AUGGCGGUGGCUCCAGUUAGCGGCGAUCUCAUCUUCUCAUCCUCCUCGCGGUGGAGGCACGUCGACGUGCUGCUUUGGCGGUGGAUCAGGGCGUCGUGCCCCGAUCCGAUGGGUGUGGGCCAUGAGCGGGAUGCGGCAGCGCUGGCUGUUCGGAGCCGUGCGAGCGGCUGCUCUAGUCGACUCUCGGCUGCGAGGAGAUUGGAGUUGCUACUCCCGACCUACAUGGGCGGCCAGGCGGCACUGCUCGAUCGGGCCGGUGCUUUGAGGCCCAUCAAGGGCCCACGCGCGGCCGCUCCAAAACCCACGUCUUCCUCUCCCCUCGCAGAACGAACAAACCCCAUCGCCAUGGCCGCCGCCACCGCCGCCGCCGCGAGGUCGCGCGCCGCCACCGCCGCCGCGUGGGCUCGCCUGCUCUCCCACCGCAACGUCGCCGCCGCAGCCGCGCCCGGCUCGCUGCCCCACCUCGCAGGCCCGCGGAUCGCGCCCCAGCGCCGCCACCUCGCCUUCUCCUCCGCCUCCCCCGGCGCCGGCGGCGCGGGGAGGGACAAGGAGCCGCCGUUCAACGAGCAGACCGUCUACGACCUGCUGGCCCAGCUGGAGCGGGAGCGGCAGAAGGAACGCGAGGAUCGGCGCAGGGCCGGGGCCGGCGGCGGCGAGGGGAAGGGGGACGAGGAGGAGGAGGAGGAGGAGGACUUCCUGGGCGUGAAGCCGCUGAUCGAGAAGCUGGAGCGGCGGAACGCCAAGGAGGCCAACCUCCCCGACGAGUCCUUCCUGGAGCCCAGCGACUCCGAGUCCGACGAGGACGACGAGCGCUUCUCCUCCGACUCCAUCCGCCGCCGCGUCGACGAGUUCGACCGCAAGUGCAAGCGCCAAUCCGAGCUCCUCCGCUCCUUCGCCGAGGCCGAGACCCUCGAUGACGCUCACAAGAUCAUGACGAAGAUCGACAAGUUCGAGCAGCGCCAUCUGAGCCUGCCGCUGGAGUACAGGGUCAUCGGGGACAUGAUGAACCGCCUCAAGGACUCCACGGGGAAAGAGCGCUUCAUCCUCCUGCAGAAGCUGAACCGGGCCGUCAGGCUCAUGGAGUGCAAGGAGGCGUACGACCCCAGCAACCCCGCAAACUUCGGGCUUAUCCAGCACCAGCAGGUCGACUCUCCGGACGAUGUGAUUGAUAACGCUGGCUUCGACAAGGAGAAGCAGAUGAUCCAAGGAGAGAGCCUCGAUGAUGAGGAUGAGGAGUUCAAUGAAGACAAGGAGAAGGAUGAUAUGCUCAUCGAGAAACUAAAUGCUAUUGAGAAGAAGAUCGAGGAGAAGUUGGCGGACCUGGAUCAUACGUUUGGUAAGAAGGGCAGGGUUUUGGAAGAGGAAAUAAAGGAUCUGGUGGAGGAGAGGAACUCCCUGACGGACAAAAAGAGGAGGCCUAUGUACAGAAAAGGUUUUGAUGUGAAGGUCAUUGAUGUUAAUCGGACAUGCAAAGUUACAAAGGGAGGCCAAAUAGCAAAAUACACAGCAUUGUUGGCAACUGGAAACUACCAUGGUGUUGUAGGUUUUGCAAAAGCUAAAGGUCCAACAGCAAAGAUUGCAAUACAGAGGGCCUAUGAGAAAUGCUUCCAGAACCUACAUUACAUGGAGCGUUAUGAGGAGCACACAAUUGCUCAUGCGAUUCAGGCCAAAUACGAGAAAACAAAGAUCUACCUCUGGCCUGGACAAAUGAGGAGCGGGAUGUGCGCCGCUGGCAGGACUGUCGAAACUGUGAUGUAUCUAGCCGGGUUUAGCAACGUCAAGUCAAAGAUUAUCGGAUCAAGGAGCCCGCUCAACGUUAUCAAAGCUCUCUUCAUAGCACUAAAUGCCAUUGAAACGCCCAAGGACGUGGAGCAGAAGUUUGGACGGACUGUUGUGGAGUCGUACUUGUUGUAGCGAGGUAGUCAUCUGUUUCUGUUUGUGGAGAUCACCUCACGUCGGGCCUGCUGGAGUGGCAAGGGAGGGCCCAAAGGAGGAGCCGGUGGCAGAUCCGACCGUGAGACCUCUGUUUGCAUCCGUGAUUCCAACUAUUUGUUUGUCCUGCGACCGGUCCCCUGUUAACAGGGUACUGUAAUAUUUUGAACUGAUCAAUGCAUAGUGUAACCAGAUAGCAGGUGGUCAUAUUUACUUGGCAAAGAGAACGAAGGCCACGUGUUUGGUCGCUUUUUUUUUUGUCUUGUUAGCAGAUAUUAUGCAAUUCUGUCGUGGCGGCCUGCCUGGUUGCUCGGGAGGUUAGAUCUUAGAUGGAUCCAAACUUGGUAGAAUGAAUAAAAACCCUUGGUCUCUUGUUCUUC